UUGUCACUUUCUCUCCGCCCCCGAGUCUGACUCGGUCAGUUUCACCGGGUGUAGGAGGAGGGGGAAGCGGUGAAAGCAGAAGGCUCGGAUCCCGUGUUAGCGAGAGGGUUUUAUCCACCCCAACCCACACAUAUAAAAUGCUAGAGAAAGGACUAAAAAUAAACCGAAUGACAAGAUGAAGUGCCCACACCUUUCGCGGAGAACAGAUGACUGAAAGGGAAAUUGAAAGGGGGUUCUCAAUGGUUGGUUUCACGCAGCUGAAACCCUACGGACUGAGAGAAGGAAUCGCCUCAGAUUGUCAACUUGAUGUACAACCUUUAUUUUCCCAAAAGCCGGCGAUUUGCACCCGCUCCUGAACACUAAAGUUAUUUUUAUUAUCUGUUAAUUAAUCAAUCAACAGCUCAUUGCAGUGGGAGAAAACGAGGCUUUCCUCAGACGCAGGAGCCGUCCCCUCACCCCGAGUGCUUGGAUUGAUAAUCCUCAGACAGUGUGUGUGUGUGUGGGACAACGCUCGGGUUAGAAUGGGUACAGUCCUGUCGCUGUCUCCCGGCUCGAGGAGAUCCAGUAUAUUGGAGGAUGGCACCGAGUCCAAGUCCUUAGGUCACUACCACGCUAUCCAAAGCGCUAAGAACAACACCCAGAAGGAGAAGGGUCUCAAACGCCAUUCCAUGUUCAUCCCAGCCUUGACUUGGAAGAGGCUAGUCGCCUCCACCAAGAAGAGGAGCUCUAGAAAACCGAACCCUGGUAACUACCAUCACCAGAACGAUGUGGUCCAUCUCAACAGCGAGAAUGUGAAGAAGUCUCUGUCCUGCGCCAACCUUUCCAGCUACGAGUUACAAGCGGACCCCUCGGGCACCAAGCCAGCCUCUUCCAACAAGAAAACAGCUUCACAGAGCGGGCCCGGCUCCCCCAAGCGGGUGAUAGUGCAGGCAUCCACUAGUGAGCUGCUGAAGUGCCUGGGGGAAUUCCUGUGCCGCCGCUGCUAUAAACUCAAGCAUUUAGCUCCCACCGAGCCGGUGCUGUGGUUGCGCAGCGUUGACCGCUCCUUGCUCCUCCAAGGCUGGCAGGACCAGGCGUUCGUCACCCCGGCCAAUGUGGUCUUUGUCUACCUGCUCUGCAGAGAUGUCAUCGACGGAGAGCAGGUGACCACCGAACAUGACCUGCAAGCCAACCUGCUGACCUGCCUCUAUCUCUCCUACUCCUACAUGGGCAAUGAAAUCUCCUACCCACUGAAACCCUUCCUGGUGGAGAGCGCUAAGGACGCUUUCUGGGACCGCUGCCUCCGCAUCAUUGACACCAUGAGCAGCAAGAUGCUUCAGAUCAACGCCGACCCUCACUAUUUCACCCAGGUCUUUGCCGAUCUCAAAAACGAAGGGACCCCAGAUGAAUUUAGUAGGAUUUCCCUUACUUUGGACCGGUGACUCAUCGGGGGGGGGGAGGGGAAAUAAGGUCUGAGGUCCGCCCCUGGCUGAUUGGCCAGGCGGAGCUGCUUAGUAUCUUUAAAUAAAUAUGAAGUAGUGUCUUUCCCUUCUUCGGCUUUCCUAGGAAGCAUUCUGUUGUCUCUUAACCGUUUAACAUUGAAAAAUGCUGGGUGGGGGGGGUCCCUUUUCUGCUUUUAAAGGGUACCAUCUUUGUGGACGGGGGGAAGAACUGUGAAUGUCCUCUUUAAGCCGGCUGCAAUGUGCCUCAGUUGAUUAUAAUGGGCGUCAACGUGCAAUGCCUUUCACAUGUUCUUUGUAAUGGGGCUCGGCUGCUCUCUCAAUAUGAAUACGCAGCGGCGAGGACCUGUCAUGCUGGGUGUAGUUUCCCUUCCCCACUCUUUUUUUUCCUUCUUUUCCCCCGCCCCCUUCCCUCUUUCCUGGCUAACUUCCGGGAAGCCGAUCCGUGAUUUUGCAAAAAAAAACCCUAAAUUGCAACAACUAAACUAAAAUUGAUAACGUUACAGACCAGUGCUCACGAUGAAGAAACAGGGAGGGGACUGAGAUUCUGCUAUUUUUGAUGUAAAUACCUCUUUCCCCACCAAACGCCCCCAGUUAAUUUAUGUACUUAAAGUCUUCUAUGUUUCUAAGCAUUUUUUUUAAAUGAACAGAGUAAUGCUAUUUAUUUAUUGUGAAGGGAAUCUCCACAUUUAACAAGGACGGGGCUGGACAGAUACAAUUUUAUUUUAGCUGUUUUUUUUUGUCCCUCUAAAUAACUAAUUCUCAAUUGUAUUGUGUCAUUUCCCGCUAACUCUUCCCCACCCCUUCAUCAAUGAAGCUGGGAGUAGGUGAGUCUCAAGUAGAAUUCUAAAACUCCCGAGUUUCGCCAAAACGAGGAAAAGAACCACAUUGUAAUUUACCAGGAUCCCGGGCGCCUUGGGUCGGAGGUCUCCUCACAUGAUCCUCGCUUUCAUUUGCAGUGAGACAGCUUCUGUACCGACCAUCACUCUGUCCCCAUCACCAAUAACUCAAAGGAUGAGGACAAUAUUUUUCCAUAGCCCGAUGACCUUUUUUUCCCAUCUUCCUUCCGUGUUGCUCAGAGUCCCGGAUGGUGAAUGUUGACUGGACUUUAUGGAGGAAGACCAGGGGAAGGGAACUCGCCAGAAGCUGCCAGCUCCAUGUAAAUAGCUUAAUUACCUGAACAGAAAAUGGUGGCAGUUCUGUUUUGUUGUGUGUUGGAGGAUCUGAAUCUGACCCUUUGGUACACUUAUUGAUAUAACCCCUUUUUUCACUGGAUCUAAACCUGCAUGGAACUUUUUCAUCUUUCUAACACAAAAUUACAGCACUCCUGUCAUGGUUUUUGAAUGGGGUCUUUGAUAUUGGCUGGUAAAUUGAACUGUGCUUAGCUGGGCUUUUACAGUUCUUCCUGUGGAGACAUGGGUAUCUCUUCAAUAUUGUAGCUGCUCGUUAAAUUCUUGACUCCAGAUUAGGAGAGCCUGCCACUAACUUUUGAGAUGGACUGUUUUUCCUUUCACUAUUUUGCCUUGCAUCUACAACAAAGUAAAAUGGAUGCAUGCAUUAGACAAGAACUUCUUCUGAUUUACAGGUAGUUAGAUCCUCCUUUUGGUCUUCUGGCCAGGCAGUGAUUCAGUCUUUUCUUUGUGGGAACAUAAGAAUCUCAUGGGACUUGAGACCACUUUUUUCCCCAGUAAGUUGUUCACGUGAAAAAGAAAAAGUUACGUAUGAAAGUUAAUCAAAUCAAAGGAAUUUUUGUGGCCUUUUGACUUUCCACGACAUGUCGGCUAGGCCAACGCUGCUAUUAAUUAUUCUGGAAUAUUCAAUGUAAAUUUAAUAUUACUGUGGUGUGCACGUGAGCAUUUAUGUAAGUUUUUGUUUACUUAAAUAAUGUUGCAAAUGCAAACUGCUUGUAACCAUCUCUCAAACCUAUUUGGGAGUAGGUUAUAUUUCAGUGUUAUUUAUUUUUUUUUCUACUCUCUAAGCUGGUGAAAUAGGAAUAAUUUUAAGUUUUGAGCCUGCCUUGCACCAUUCACCUUGAGUUUAGACUGAUGUUUGGGAGUGUAUUUAAAAAGAGAACUUUUGCUUCUAUGCUUGAAUUACUGCUUUGUUUCUGAGAUAUUAUGUAUAGAAUGUGAUCAAGA